AUGUUCUCGAGGGCCUCCGUCGCGUCAUAUCGGUCCGUCCCGCCCGUCCUUGCCGUCUCCUCAUCCCACCCUCCUCCCACCCUCUACCACCACCUCUACCACCUCCACCUCCUCGAACCUACGCUGAUACAGGCCGGCUCCGCCCAGAUGAUGUACCGUAACCACAAUACGCUACCCUUCUUCUCCUCGGUCGUCAAGAACGUCGCCUCGCCGAACCUGGAGAUCAAGAAGCUCGUCUACAUCUACCUCAUCCACCACGCCGAGCACGAGCCUGACCUCGCCCUCCUCUCCAUCAACACGAUACAAAAGUCGCUCUCGGAUUCGAACCCCCAGGUCCGCGCCCUCGCCCUCAAGACCAUGUCGGGCAUUCGGGUCCCCGUCAUCAGCCAGAUCGUCUCGCUCGCCAUCAAGAAGGGUGCCGUCGACAUGAGCCCCAACGUCCGCAAGGCAGCCGCUCUCGCCAUCCCGAAAUGCUACCGCCUCGAUCCGAGCCAGGCACCCCAGCUCGUCGAGCAUCUCUCCACCCUCCUCGGUGACAAGCAGCACUCCGUCGCCGGCGCCGCCGUCGCCUCCCUUCUCGAGAUCUGCCCCGACAACAUCGACCUCGUCCACAGGCACUACCGAAACCUCGUGAGAAAGGUCGUCGACAUGGACGAGUGGAGUCAGCUCGCCCUGAUGCGCCUCAUGACCUACUAUGCCCGCCGGUGCUUCGCCCGCCCGAGGCAGUCCAGGGACGCUCCCCAGGGAGAUGCGCCGCAGGCACAAGGGGCGACGAUGGAUGAUUUUUAUGCCGAGCCGGCCGCGGAGCCGAUGCACCAGCCCUCUUCACAAUCCCAAUCCCUGCACCCUGAUCUGUCGCUUCUCCUGACCUCCGUUCGACCCCUUCUCCAGAGCCGGAACUCGGCUGUCGUCGUCGCCGUCGCGCGAUGCUAUCUCGAAAUCGGCACGGCGGACUACCUGUCGCUGGCCGUCGGUCCCCUGGUCGCCCUCCUGCGAGGCGCCCACGACAUUCGACAAAUUGCCCUCUACAACAUCGUCUCCGUCUGCCUCGUCCGACCCGCCGACUUUGUCAAGUAUGCCAGUCACUUUCUCGUCAAGUCGACGGACACGGCGCCCGUUUGGGAGCUGAAGCUCGAGAUCUUGGCCCUCAUCUUUCCACACAGCCCGACGCAGCUCAAAAGCCUCAUCCUCAAGGAGUUGGAGCACUUCUCCCGCGGCUCCAACAAGACUCUCGUCCGUGAAGCCGUCCGCGCCAUCGGCCGGUGCGCCCAAACCGACACGGCCAUGGCCCCGCGAUGCCUGAAGCUCCUCCUUGGCCAGAUCACGAGCUUGGACGGCACGCUCGCGGCCGAAUCCCUCACCGUCAUUCGCCACCUCAUACAGCAAGACGCCCAGGCACACGCCGCCACCGUCAUCCGGCUCGCGAGGAAUCUCGAUUCCGCCACGGACCCUCAGGCGAGGGCCACCAUCAUCUGGCUAGUCGGCGAAUUUUCCGGCCUGAACGGCGAGGACAACAUCGCCGCCGACGUGCUGCGCAUCCUGGCCAAGGAUUUCGGGUCCGAGUCGGAGCCAGCCAAGCGACAAAUCGUCCUGCUCGCCGCCAAGGUCUACCUUCACCACAUCAACCGCAAAAGCGAGAGGGAGACGGAGCGAUUCGAGCCCGAGGAAGCGGCCGCCGAGGGGGCCGACAAGCAUCCGAUCGAAAAGCUGUGGGAGUACGUGCUGCUUCUAGUGCGAUACGACACCUCGUUUGAGCUGCGGGACCGAGCAAGAAUGUAUCGCGCCUUGCUCGCCGUGCCGCAGCUCGCCACCUUGAUGCUGCUGGCUCCGAAGCCGGCCCCGCAGGCGCCGAGUCCGUCCGAGUCGAGGAAGGGAUUCCUGCUCGGCUCCUCGACGCUCGUCUUAGCCGGCGGAGGCGGCAUUCACGGCUUGAGGGGCUACGAAACUCUCCCGGACUGGGUCGAGGCGGGCAAGGAGCCCGAUGGCAAGCUGCGCGACCAGGAUGGAACCGGUUCCAGGCCCCGCCACGACGCCGACAGCAAUCCCAUGCCGGUCAGCGCGUGGUUGGAUGCGGAGGCGGCAAAGGCGGUGCCGCCCAAGACGAAUGGUCUCGGCGAAGGAGUUGGCAAGAAGACGCUGGAUGACUGGCUCGCCGAGGAGAGCGGCGAAACGGAGUCGGAGACGGACGGCGAAGAGGAAGACGACGAAGAGGAAGACGACGAAGACGACGACGGCGAAGACGAAGACGACGAAGACGACAGCGACGAAGAAGAAGAAGAGGAGGAGGACGAGGAAGACGAGAGCGAUGACGAGACGGGGGGUGAUCGGCUUGUAAAGGCAUGA